AUGGCAGGAGGAGUAGUUUUGAUCUCGUCGAGCAUUGUUCGACCUGGAAACAGCAACCAGUCGGGUCGGACAAAGAUCCAUCUUACUCCAUUUGAUCUCAGCCUUCUUCAGUUCGAUUAUCCUCAAAGAGGUCUUCUCUUUCCCAAACCUGAUCAAGAUUUCCAUCUCAUCUCUCGUCUUAAAGCCUCUCUCUCCCUUGCCUUAGAGAUCUACUUCCCUUUCGCUGGCCGUCUUGUGAAAACGGAUAAUCUUGAAGACAACACGGUGUCGUUUUUCAUAGACUGCGAUGGCUCCGGAGCUAGAUUGAACCAUGCCGAAGCUAAAUCUAUCUCCGUGAGUGAUCUUCUUCAACCAAAUGGCUCUGUUCCAGAUUUCAUAAAGCACUUCUUCCCAGCUGACGACCUCAAGAGCUCUGAUGGCGUCACAGAGCCCUUGCUUGUUAUACAAGUCACUGAGAUGAAGGACGGAGUCUUCAUCGGUUACUGCUACAACCACAUGGUCGCAGACGGCGUUUCCAUGUGGAGGUUCUUGCACACUUGGUCCAAGAUUUGCUCGAGUGGUUUAGCUUCAGAGCAUCAGCCUCUUGCUCUCAAAGGAUGGUUCCUUGAUGGGAUCGAUUAUCCGAUCCACAUUCCGGUUUCAGAUGCAAAGAGGCCAUCACCAACAAGCGGUGAACUUUCUGCCGUGCCCAUCACGAAAGAGAAGGUUUUUCACUUCACAAAGAAGAACAUUUCAGAACUCAAAGCUAAAGCCAACAGCGAGGUUGGCUCCAGUGACAUGACAAUCUCUUCUCUUCAAGCGGUUGCAGCGCAUAUGUGGAGGUCAAUCAUCAGACACAGUGGUCUGCGCCGAGAAGGAGAGACGCAUUGCAAAGUUGUGGUUGACUUGAGGCAGAGGCUAAACCCUCCCCUUGAGAAUAACUGUUUUGGGAAUAUGAUCUCUACAGCACCAGCCACAACCACCGUGGAAGAGCUGUUGGAUCAUGGCUUGGGUUGGGCUGCUUUGCAAAUAAACAAAUUCGUGAGAUCGCUAACGAAUGAAAGUUUGAAAUCUUUUGCAGAGGAUUGGGUUAGUAAUGUAAAGAACUUAAAAUCAGGCCUUGGGAGUAGAAUGGUUGGUGAUACUUUAGUUGUCGCAAGCUCUCCCCGGUUUGACGUGUACAACAAUGAUUUCGGUUGGGGAAAACCGAUUGCGGUUCGAUCUGGACCGGGAAAUAGUAUUAACGGCAAACUUGUACUUUUUCAGGGAGUCGAAGAAGGAAGCGUUGAUGUUCAGACGACCGUUUGGUCGCACGUACUCGUGAAACUACUAGCCGAUGUGGAAUUUACAGAGCAUGUUACUAUUGCAUGA